AUGAUAGGAUUACAAGAGUAAAGAGAAAUACUAUAAUAAUAAAACAACCCAGAAUAAAAAGAAUAAUAAUAAUUUGACAACAUUGAGCAAGCAACCAUAAGCCGAAUAUUCAAAGAAUUGGAAGAGAUUAGAUAAUUUCAAAAAAAAAGGGCUUUAGAGAUUAAAAAAAAUAAGGACUUAUGUUUAUUUUAUUUUAAUCUUACAGAAGACCAAAAUUGUUAGAUUGAAUUGAAGGAAUAUAUAAAGCCAAAAAUUAUAGAUUAAUGGCAAGAUGGAUUUAUAGGGGAAGUCAAGGAUACCUAAAUUAUUGUCUACUUUUAAAACCUUAUGUAAAAUAAUGAUAAACAGUCUGAAGGAUUAAACUAUUAUGAAUUAUCAAAAAUCAAACUCUUUAUGAAAAGCUUUCUUUAAUAAAAUAAAUUUAAAAAAUUAAAUUUUAUAGUCUAAUUCAAUAAUGAGGAAAACUAGGAAAAACUCAAUUAAAAAAUCAAACACAGAAUUUUUUAAUUGUUUGAAGGAUUUUUUGAAGUAUAAGAAGAAGAUUAGGAUAUAUUUAUAUUUUGCUUACUAAACAAUAAGCGAAAUAACUAUGGCCAUCAAAAUGAAUGUUAGGAAAAUAAUUCAUAUACUAAGGAAGGAUACAUAUAUAGUCUUAAUGAAAAAGAGAAACCAAGCAAACCGCAACCAAUAAAUAGCUCCUAAAUCACCAUAGAAUAUUUUAACUAAAUUAGUGAAAAUAAAAUUAAUGUAAUAUAGAUGGACUGGUAUUUUAAGUAAAUUGGAUUCUCUUGCAUAUAGUAUAUAUAAAGUAAGGUAAAUAUUGUGUUUUAUGAAUACUCAUAAUCUCUUUACAUAUUAAGAAAAUAAAUUAAAAAUCUUUUAGAGGUAUAAAUAAAUUUAAAUGAUGAAGCAAACUUAAAUGAAUAUAUUCGGGAAUAUUUAAAUAACUUAAAAUAAUUAAUAUUUAAAAUAAAAAAAUAUAUAAAUGCUGAAAAAGAAAACUUAAAUUUUUAAUAAUUAUGUCACAAUCUUAAAUAUAUAAUUAGUUAUUACUUAAAAAAAUUGGUAGAAAAUUUGAAUAAAAUAAAAGAUAUACCAAAUAUUUCUUGGAAAAUUGAAAAAUAUAAUUGUCUGAAUUUCAAUGUUGAUUUUACUAAUAAUGAUAUGAAUCUUUUGGAUUAUUUUAAAGAAUAUUAUACUUUUGAUUAUAUAAAGGAAAUAUUCAAAUUAUUAGAAAAAUCACUCGUUUUUUGGCUUCAUCAUUAUGAAUCCUUUAUACCUUAAAGAUUAUCAUAUAUUAGUAAUUUUAUUGAAAAUUAAAAUGGUUAAAAUAACUAAAAUAGCUUGAAUGUUGUUGUAUUAGGAAUUACUAGAGUAGGAAAAAGUACUCUAUUAAAUAUUAUACAUGAUCCAAAUAAUAUGAAACUCAUAUAAACAAGUUCAGGAAGAUAUUGUUUCGAUGUAAUCAAUAAUGAUAAACUAUUUGAAAUCUCUCAUGAGAACAAUAGUAAAACUUCAUCAAUAAAUGAAUUCUAAAUUAAUAUUGGAAAAUCUGAUUUGAAAUUUAUAGAUACACCUGGAUUUAUAGAUACAAUUGAAGAAAGAAGAUUGAUUAAUUAAAUUAAGAUGUUUUAAAGAAUAAUUGUAUCAAAUAAUUAGUAACUUUGUUACUUAUAGACGGAGAGGAACUAGAUAAAAAAAAAACCGAUUUACAGAGUACAAUAAAACACACUAAUUCAUUUUUUGAUGAAUAACUUAAUAUCAAACAAUUAAAAUAAAUUCUUAUUCCAGUAUUUAUAAAGGUUAAUGAAGCUAUUAUGGGUGAAAUUAAAAAUAAAUGGGAGAGUAGUACUAUGUAAAAUUGUAAUAGCGAAUAAGAAAAAGAAUUUUUAAGGGUUAUAAAAAAUAAAAUUGAUAACAAUUAAUAUAUUACAUUAUUCAAAGCUGAGAAGUAUUUCAUUAGUAGUUUGGAAUAGUUGAAAAUAGAUAAAUAAGCAAUCAUUGACAAAAUUAUGAAGGAAAAGCAUAAUGAAGAAUCUUAGAAGGAAAUACAAGAUAAAUAUUAAAAAAUAGAACUAUAAAUUAAGGAUCUUGAAGUGAAUAAAGAAAAAAUUGAAUAUUAAAUUAUUAAUUCAGAUAUCAAUAAAAUAAGAAAUGAGAUUUUUACUUAAUGCCAAGUAUUGUUUGAUUAACAAAAGAAAUAAAAGGUAGAUUUUAAUUUUAAAUUAAAAUUAACACCGUCUAUGGAAAAUAGUCUUUAUAUUGUUUUAAAACAUUUAAGUUAAAUUAAUAAUUAUGUUGAUGAGUUAAUAUCUAAUGCAAUUAUAAAUGACAUUUUGUUUAAAUAAAGACCAUUAGAGAAAAUUGAUGAUUUACUUAAAUAUGUUUAAGUCUAAUUAAACAGAUUUGACUAAUAAGAAAUAAAUUCUGAAAAACUAUGGCUAGAACUUUCUAAAUAUCUGGAUUUGCCCAAAGAUUAAGAAUUUUUAUAUGAAUAAUUAUCUUAAAUAUAAAAAUUGGAAUAAUUAAAUAAAUUUGGACAAAAAUUUUAAAUUGAAUUACAACAAUUUGUAGAGCUUAAACAAAAAAUUCAAAUGUUAUAAGAGAUUGUUAAAGAUACAAUAGAAAUAGAUAUUAAAAACGACAUUAAAAAGAAUAUGAGUUUUUUUAGAUGGUCAAAAGAACCAACUUAACAAGAAUUGGAAUUUGAAAUAAGGAAGUAAGAUCAUAAAAUUUAAGAAUUAAUAAGAAAUAAAUAUUUAGACAAAAUAAAAUGA